AAAUUGACACUUAACGGAGUCUCUCAGUCUUUCUUUGUGUUUUGCCUUGUCCCUUCUCUGAUAAAUCAGUUUUGCACGGUCGCAAUCCCAGCUUCCGUCGAACCCUCUAGGGCACACGAGAACAACAACACUGCACCACCCCCAAUUCCAUGCUCGCUCGCUCUCUCUUCUCGGCUCCCCCUUACCAUCCUCCUCUCUCUCGCUGCCUCUUACACCCACGGUAUUGUAUCUGGUGGGAAGCUCUUAGGUUUUGCGGAUUCUGAGAGCUUAUCGUCGGGUAAAGGAAAUCGGGGUUUCAGUGAGCUCCGUGGCACAGGUGAAUAAUGCAAAGGAAAUAGCUGCAUAAGUUCAAGGGGAUUAUUUGAUAUAGUUACUUGCUGCUGUUCUAGACUGUUGGAAGAUACACAUGUCUGGACUUCUGCCGUUUGAGUCUGCACAUCAUAGAAUAUCUGAUGGUGGUUCCUCAAAGAGUUCCCAAGAAAAGCAAGAUGAAGCAGGUCGUUGGUAUAUGUCCAGAAAGGAAAUUGAAGAAAAUUCCCCAUCAAGAAGAGAUGGAAUUGACUUGAAGAAGGAGACUUAUUUACGGAAAUCAUACUGCACAUUUUUGCAAGAUCUGGGCAUGAGGCUCAAAGUGCCCCAAGUAACGAUAGCCACAGCUAUAAUAUUCUGUCAUCGAUUCUUUCUUCGGCAGUCCCAUGCAAAGAAUGACAGAAGGACCAUUGCAACUGUCUGUAUGUUCCUUGCUGGGAAGGUUGAAGAGACGCCUCGCCCACUAAAGGAUGUGAUCAUUGUUUCCUAUGAAAUUAUUCACAUGAAAAAUCCUGCUGCAGCCCAGAGGAUCAAACAGAAGGAAGUUUAUGAGCAACAGAAGGAGUUAAUUUUACUUGGUGAGAGAGUUGUGCUCGCGACCUUAGCAUUUGACCUGAAUAUUCAUCACCCUUACAAGCCACUUGUUGAGGCAAUAAAAAAAUUUAAGGUUGCCCAGAACGCACUAGCUCAAGUUGCAUGGAAUUUUGUCAAUGAUGGGUUGAGGACGUCACUCUGUCUGCAGUUUAAGCCCCAUCACAUUGCAGCAGGUGCUAUUUUUCUUGCUGCCAAGUUUCUUAAAGUGAAGCUUCCAUCGGAUGGGGAGAAGGUUUGGUGGCAAGAAUUUGAUGUGACCCCUCGCCAAUUGGAGGAGGUUAGCAAUCAAAUGCUAGAACUGUACGAGCAAAAUCGUGUGCCAGCAGCUCAGGGAAGUGAAGUAGAUGGAAGUACUGGUGGGGGUCCGAGUCAUCCUAAUGCAGCAAAAGCUACUGCUGCAACUGAGGAACAGACCUCAAAGCAAAUGUCAUCUUGUUCGGCACCUGAGCAUUCAUAUGCAGACAAUCAUGGGGUACCUCAAAGAGCUGUCCAGAAUCUUGGUAAGAACAAUGGGACUGCUACGGAGGGUGGUAGUACCAUUACUGGUCAUAAGGUGGACCCAGAUUUAACAGAUAGUCAUCAUACUGAUGAAGUGCCCUACAAGGAUAAUAGCAAAGAUAAUUCAGAUAGAUCAAGGUCUGUAGUGGAGCACGUUGGUGAAGAGAAAGAAAGGAACCAUAGUAAAAGUGAGACUGCAGAAGCAGGAGAAUGGAGGGACGAUGGUGUAUCUCACAAGUCUAGCAGUAUAGUUUCUCGAAAUGUUGAGGUUCGGGAAGGUCCAGUUGGGCAGUCGCCCAAAGAAGCUAUCAAAAUGAUUGAUAGAGACAAAGUCAAGGCAGCACUUGAGAAAAGAAGAAAAUCACGUGGAGAGAUGUCCAGGAAGAAAGAUGUGAUGGAUGAAGACGAUCUCAUUGAGAGAGAGCUGGAAGAUGGUAUAGAAUUAGCGGCAGAGGAUGAGAAAAACAGGCGGGAGAAGGGGCAAAGCUGGUCUAAGGUUGACAAUCAAGAUGAUGGAAAGGUUCGUGACGAAUCUUUAAGUGCACAUCAUGCAGGGUCCAAGAACCACAAUUCAUGGGGGGCCAGAGCAGAGAGUGUAGUUGAAGAAGGGGAGAUGCUAGAUGAUGCUUCCCCAGGUUUGAAUAGCCGCAAGAGAAAAGCUGGAAGGUCCCCUGAUUGGCAUUCCGAGGGAAAGAAGUGGAACGAUUCUAUGUCUAAUAACCAUCAUCAUGCUUUGGAAGAUGGAAACCGCAAGAAUCGAUCUGUUUAUGCAGAUAGGGAGCUCAAAAGACAUGCUCAUGAGAAUCACUUAUAAGUUAAUGUCAAGUAUCUAGUUCUAUGUUAUAUUGUAGCAUAGGCAUGUAUGACCUGGGUAGUCCAAGUACUGGACAGAUCAUUGCAGUGAGGAGUAUAUCCCGAUGCCUUUGAGCAAUGCGUCAUAAAAUUAUAGGAAUUAUGGAUAAAUGCUUCACCACCUGCCAGUCCCGGGAACUUAAAUCUUUACCACUUGAAGGUGAUCACGAAGCUGAUUUGCUUGGCCAGGAUGAAACAAAAUUGAGCACAGAUAUAAGCUUGCUUCUGCCAUUUUUCAUGCAAGGAAGCCACGAGGACUGUUCUUUGGUCGUAAUUAAUAUUAUGUUUCUGCUAUACUCUAGGAUCGUUAUAUUAUGCUUUUAAUUUGCCAGUUUAAUUGUAAUUUGGUUUACAGUCUUCGUUUUUAAUAUAGUUCAACAUGUAAUUUUGGUCUAGGAUUCAAUUGUAUCUCACUCAGUCAGUUGAGCUUUUAGCCAGUAUAUUGCCUAAAGUCUAAGGAAAAAAAGGAAAAAGAAAAAAGAAAAAGAAAAAAGGAAAGGAAAAAUUUGUAAUGCAUGUUGGCAAUUGCCUUUUUUGUGAGCUUUGGUGAUGGUAACUGUGUAAACUCAACAGGCAAGUUUUGUGUUCUAAAAUGUAUUAGAAUGGUUGUCCAUAUAACAAGGUAAAUUUGAUGA